UAUAUGACGUCAACUGUCAGCAAGUCGUGUACUAAGACUUUCGCCGACUUUCCGAGUUGUCCCGACUUGAGGGGGCGUUCACUUGAAUUUUCUCAGUCGAGAACUAUUUUUCCGAUGGCACAUGAAUGCCACAGUAGUACUGUCAGUACAAUGGGGAUCACCAAACUGGCAGAUUUGAUCCGCUCAGAUGCUCCUGGUUCUGUGUCUUACAAGGAUAUCAGUGACUACACAGGAAAAGUGAUCGCCCUGGAUACAUCUAUUGUUGUGAACCAGUUCCGUGCAGCGACACCUUCACUAAGCCCCUUGUUAGGUGUCUUCUUUCGCACGCUCACUUUCCUAGAACAUGACAUAAAGCCAGUCUUUGUGUUUGACGGAAAGCCUCCCUGGGAAAAGACAGCUGUUCUUAAGAAACGAGCUGAGGCAGCGGGUUGGUGCGCUCCCAACCGAUCAGGCGCAGCAUCAUCCCUAACCAAAGACUGCCUCCAGCUCCUGAAGCUUCUGGGUGUACCCGUCAUCCAGGCUCCAGCGGAUGCUGAGGCACUGUGCGCCUGGCUGGUGAGGGUGGGGACUGUGGACGCUGUAGCAUCAGAGGACAUGGACACACUCCCGUUUGGAGCCAGUACUCUUAUUCGCCAGCUGAAUGCCAAGAGGCACAGUGAAGUUGUUGAAUAUUCUUUAUCCAAGCUGUUAGAGAAACUCGACAUCACUCACAAGGAGUUUGUUGACUUGUGUAUUUUGCUGGGCUGUGACUACUGUGACAAGAUAGCUGGUUUGGGUCCAAAGAGAGCUCUGACACUGAUCCAGAAGCACCGUACUAUCGAGAAUGUGAUUUUGCAUAUCAAAAGAAAGACCCAUCCAGUGCCACAUUUCUGGAAGUACAAAGAAGCACGGAAGUUAUUCUUGGAUCAACCACAAAUUGAAGCUCCUGAACUCAUCUGGACUGAGCCAGAUGAAGAAGCCUUGGUUCAGUUCUUCUGUCAAAGCAAACGUGGCAAGGAGGACAGGGUCCGUCGACGGAUGGAGAAGUUCCGUCAGAUACGAGAAUGUAAGCGGGAGGAGAGGGAAAAGGAGAAGGCAGCGGGACGUAGCAGGCAGACUCGCAUGGAGGACUUCUUCAGAGUUACUAGAAAGAGGGAGCAGCCUGUGGAUGUGGCAGACUCUUCAAGCAGCAACAGAAAGAGACCAAAGUUGAAAUAAGGCCACCGCCAUCUGCUGCUCACUGUCUCCACCAUCAAAGCUGGAUGGAAGUUGUUUACAUCCCUGUCUGCAUGUACAGAUGUCUCGAAAAAAUUAUAAACGAUGUUGACAGAGCUGUGAUCCCAAUCUUGAUCUUCUGAGCUCAUUUUCUUUUAACUGUCAUGUUUCAUUCCUGUGCUGAUGAGAAAGUCCAGCAAUUUUGACAUAUUAGCAAUUAAACGGUGUACCAUUCUUUUUUUAUUUUGUGUAAUAACAAAUUUCAACAGUAUCAGAGGCAGUAACUUUACAUGUUGGGUAAUGGUUUUGCAUUAGCAGAAGACUGUGCUCUUCUAAAGUGUCUUCUAGUUUCCACUGAAUUAAAAAGAAGCCAAAACAGGCAACGUGCAAGACACUGACUUCACGUCCUGGUCUCUGAAUGGGAGCACCACCCUACUGACAAUACAAUAAUCUGAUCUUGUCUGGAAAGCAGUCUCCCCCCACAAUGUAAAUCACAGAGCAAUUCUUCAGUGCAGUUUCCUGCAAACCCACCAAAGAAACGCAGAGCAGGCGGUGGACGGCUAUGAAAGAGAACAGUGUGAUCACUGUCAGGGAGGCCUUCCCGCAAGCCAAAACGGGAGACAGGGGAUGUCUCAUCACAAGACAUUCAAUGAGCACCUGUUGUGUUAGCAGUGCCAAGGCAGGGACCAAAGACUUGAAUUUUUAAACAUGCACUAAAGUAGCAUCAUGUCUAAAAGAGAUAUUGAGAUGUUUAAAUCCAUGUGAAAACACGUGUUGUUUGAUUUUGAAAAGAAUAUUGUAACCAUACAGGGCCAUACUUUUUUGUUUUUUUAUAUGGUUUUCAUGUGUAAUGCUGUGGGCCUUUUUUAAAUAAAAAAUAAUGUUGAAGUUUA